AUGAGCGGCCAUGCGCGCACCGCGUCGGUCAAGACAAUUCCCAAACCUCAGGCAGUGAACCCAAUAGCAGCGCCCGAUAUUCGCCUGUUCGUAACCAAUUUGCGAUUGUUGGAUUUGGAUUUGCGACCGGAUUGGCCUGAAAUCACGAUACAAACUUUCUCGGCCAAGAAUGCAGACCAGCGACAGAGAAUUGGCGGGGCUGAAUGGGCACUAUUUCGACUCUUCGAAAUAUGGGAUCCCAAUGAGACAGCACAGAAACUCCAACCCUUCUUCCCGCCACUCGAACCACUCCAAUCGUUGAACCUCCGCGCUGCGCUAUACCGAUGUCUGAACGAAUUGAAGAAGAACGGCGUUCUGGGAAGAGAGUCGGUUCUUAGGAAGACAAUGCUUGACGAGUGCAAGGGCGAGAAGUUCUACGAGAUAUUGGCUAUAUUUUCGAAUGUCGUACUCAAAAGGGUUCUUGCAGCGCAAGACGGAGGUGACAGAGAAGCCGUUGUCGCAAGAAAACUGGCGACAGCGUCAACACUCUCAGUCGAACAGCAACGAUCAUUACUGCCCCUAGCUAUCGCACACAAGGCAGCGCUCGUCAACGUGCUGAGACAGAAAGAAGAGAAGAGGCUGAAGUACAUGGAAUUCCAUGGUCUUCUGGACAGAAAGGCAGCAGAUAUCCGGGGUCGCAUACGCAAAUGCAAAGAUACCCCUCGAGCGCAAAAGCCAGCGAUACCACAGAAAGAAGCCAAUGCCAUCAAGAAACAGCUCAAGGACAACUGGGUUGGCAACCAACAGUGGCUCGACGUAAUGCUACGCGGCGAGAGCGUACAGGCGGACGAUGCGUUCCUAAACAGCCGUUUCGACAAAGUCUUGCAUAUGGUGGAAAAAGGCAGAAAACUAGAAGACGUCGCGCCUGAAACUGGAUUACUGGAGAAUCUCCAAGCAAGAGUGCAAGAGCAGCAGGAGAGGUUACAAAAGUGGAAGGCUUUCCAUGCUGAGCUACAAAACGACGAGUCAGGGAAAGGAACAUCAGGAAGCGGACAGACUACGGCGCCAGUAAAUGAGUUCCACUUCGAUGACCACUCGCAAUAUCAAUUGCCGUCGGCGAAGCACACAGCAGAAACUACGAGUGUAAAGCGGCCGACUAUGCGAACAGAGUUUCAGGACAUCCUGUCUGAUAUGGACAGUGAGCUGGCGCGAGCCGCCAAAGUCAGGGCUAGUACUGCAUCUACAAUUAUACAUCAUAGAAGUACCUCGACGGCAAAGACUGCUCGCCCACCACUUCUCACAAGGAAAUCUACUCAGACGGAGACGAUACGCAAAGCACCAGUGAUCCCAGCCAAGCCUGUCAAAUUACAAUCACCAUCAAGACCAAGCACGUUAGAACAUGUCCCGGUCUUACCCAGACCAUCUCGGCACGUUCCGACAACUGCCACACCAAUCGACUCAGAUGCCACACUAAUUGGUCAAUCAUCUGCGUCGAGUAGAGCUACGACCCAGCACAACGCAUCACCGACGGAGACUGAUAACGAGCGCACACCAGUACUGGAGACUAGAUCUGCUGUUUCCGAGCCCGUCGUCGAUAACUCAUCGUCUGAAGCUGCCAAGACACUUACUAAUUACUCAGAGCAAAAAACGGAUCUCUCCCCUGAAAAGCUGCUUGAGCCAUCACCAGAAUACCCCUCUGAACCGCCAAUCCCAACUUUUGAUCCCCCAGAAUUCAAUGCUGAAGAAGCACUUGCCGACCAGAUCAUCAACUCCAUCGGUAAUGCGACCCCAUCUCCGGUCAAGAAGCCUCAACCACGCAUGUCUCUUUCACUCAUUGAACGCACACGUAUGACGAUGGCACGGACAAACUCUUUCGAACCUGUUCCAGAGUCACCUGAUCUACCGCUACCAUCUAUGGGACCACCACCGAUUCCUUCGAUUGCUGGAGAUGAAGACGGCGACCGACGCGCAACACUGGCCGAACGAACCCGGCUCACCAUGGAAGCCAUGCAAUCCAACCCCCGCCCCACCGCCACAGCAAAGAAGGAACAGCGUAAAUCUAGCCGAUCAUCACUCUUCCCCGUCAACCAAUUCGAUACACCACGGAAUCGCAAAUCCUUCGAACUCCUAGAACAAGCAAAGCUCGAGAGCAUCGAGCGUACACCCACCGAGCAACUAUUCAGUGACGAAGUGGAUUACGAUAGGGUGUUCAAGUCAAGACCGAAGAUUGCCACAAGUCCGGUCUGGAGUCCUGAAGGCGGCGUUGGUGGUCAGGAAGAGUUUGGAAGUGACGGCGAAGAUGUGGAUGGUGUUACGGGUAUCGAUCUCGGAGAUGUGGAUCAGGACGAUGACGGAGAGGAUAGGUUCAAGGAGAGUUGGAUGGAUAGUCCUAGUCACAAGAAGGGGGUGAGGAAUUACUUCGCGAGUGAGGUGACGCGCGCACUUCAUAUCUUCCGCCUGCUCGAUGGAAUCAUGUUUCGCGUUCCCUACUCUUGGGAAGAAAUUCACUUCUUCCAAUCUUAUCGAGUAUACCGAAUCAUGCAUGAGGCUUUGAACGGAAACCUCUUCCUAAACGAAGUCCGGAACGUGGCGCUGCAGAUAUCAUUGAUGCGCGACAUCCACGAGGAAGAUGAAGGUGUCGUUACGGAUGUGGUCCAGACACUAUGCGCAACGAUAGGAAUCGGCGCAGAUUCCCGGUCCCGCUGGAGAAACGAAUUCAACCGCUCACAGAAGUGGGAUUCUCCCGGAUUCGAGAAACAGCUCUUUGGUGCGGCGCUUUGCACCAAUAGCCUUUCGUACAUUCGGCGGUCUGCGGCGCUACGGGAUGCCAUGUUGUCAAAAACUACAUGCCCUGAAAACAGCUGCGUAUUUGGAACGUUCUUUGAGCUGGCAGGAAAGCUCGGCAACGAGGAACUUCUUGACUACCUCAUGACAAACGCACCAUCUGAGUCCGGCCCAGAGGUUAGGUUCGAGCUUUUCAAACAUGCAGCACAAGCUGGCAGGAUAGACAUCGUUCGGUUCCUCCAUGGGUAUCGUAGCGAAGAGUGGCAUUGGAAUUUCGAAUCCGAUGUCAAGGGGAACAAAAGGCUGCUGAACUUCACUCUCGACGGCGGUCAUAAUCCUGAGAUUUAUGACCUUAUCCAGACUAUGCGCACGGCUCAAGGCUUAAGACGAACGCCAAGUGAUACUAUGGACAUUAAAUUCUACGGCAGCGCAAAAGUUGGGUAUAUAGACAUGGUGUCGCAUCUCCUACGAAUCGGCGAGUAUGCCAAUGGAGAUCGAACUGGCAUCCUCCAUAUAGCUGUCAAGUACGCUAGCGAACGUGGCCACGUAGCCAUUGUCCAGCUUCUGUUAGACAAUGGUGCGAAUCCAAACAUCACUCUCGAAGGUGCGGCGCGCCGCGGUCAUGGGAAGCUCGUGCAAAUGCUGCUGGAUCGCGGAGUCAAGCCGAGCGAGGCACUUGUCGAUGCAGGAAGAUACUAUACAGCACAUGCUAAGCUUCUUGCGAAUAUCGAAAGAGGACCUUAUCUGGACGUAGUGCGGCUCCUUCUUGACGCCGGCGUAGACGUCAACGAAAGCAUUGGCAAGGACAGCCCUCUCGCCGGAGCAAUCGCCGCAGAACAUACAGCACUGUUUGAGUUCCUCCUCGAACGAGGAGCGGAUCUGCGUUCCCCUGGGACAGCAGAGGAGUGCGUAAGAAGAGCGAAAAAGGAUGGACUGGAGUCUAUGCUACUGCUGCUCGAAAAUCAUGGGGUUGAUGUCAAUGUUGAGUUAGAAGAAGGGGCAUGA